CUGAUCCUUCUUCUCUGUUUCUGGCGAAAACACCCCGAAUUCUGAAGAUUAACUGCAAAUCGGUAGCUCUUACUACCUCGGUCGUAGUACCGACACCCCGAUUUCCGGUGGAAGAUCUAGUACCCCGAAUUAAUUCUGGUCAAGGUUUUCCCUGUUAAUGCAACGUUUUUGCUUCUCCAUUCCUCUCAGACCGAAGUUACUAUUGCUAAGAAUUUCCAAUUAAUUACUCUCAUGGCUUAAGGUCAAGUUGCUACCAGUAAUGCAACAUUUUUGCUUCUCCAAUCCUCUCUGCUCCAGUGUUGGAAGGAAAUAGUAGCUGAUUCUUUCUCGACGUCUUGAUAUUUUUCCAAGUAUCUCCCAUGGCUGAAGCUUUUGCAGCUUGCACCCAACCUGUCUGCGACAUUGGGAAGUGUUUAUGGGCUCGUAUUGCUACACGCAUCAAUUAUGCCAGAAAGUUGUUGAAGAAUAGGAAAGUGCUCUGUGAGAAAGCACAUGACUUGAGUCUCAAACUAAAGGAUAUUGUUGCUGAAAUUGAAAAAUCUAAUCCGCAAAAAAUUGCAACGAAUGAAUGUGAUGAUUGGAUAGGAAAGGUGCAAGAGAUGGAAACCAUGGUUAAGACUAUACAACCUAAGUUGAAUGAGGAGAAGAGAUGUGUUGGGGGAUUAUGUCUUGACAUUUUUGCUCGUACAGAGCUUGGUAAGCGAGUUGUAAACAUGAUCGAUGACAUUAACGAACUCCUCGAUAAGUCUAAGUUUGAAGGAGGAUUUCUCGUUAAUGCACCAAUAGCUACAGUUGAGAAUCAACCAGACCCCCCUUCGACAUUAGCAGAAUCCGCAAAUCGUACACUCAACAUGGUAUUGGACAAAAUGCAACCCAAAAGCACCCUAAAGAUUGGUAUUUGGGGAAUGGGUGGGGUGGGGAAGACAACUGUUUUGAGACUCUUGAAUAACACACCAGAAAUCGCAAGAAUAUUUGAUUUUGUGAUAUGGGUGACUGUCUCGAAAUCUCAAAGCAUUAGAACGAUACAAGAAGAAGUUGGGAAGCGUUUAUCUGUAGAAACGAAGGGUGAGUCUGAUGAGAGAGUAGCAAUUAAACUGCGUCAGAAACUUAACGGCAAGAAGUACUUGUUACUUUUAGAUGAUGUUUGGAAUAUGGUGGAUUUAGAUGCUGUAGGGUUACCAAAUGCCAAUCAGAACAAUGGUUGCAAAGUUGUUUUAACAACCAGAAAGCUCGAAGUUUGUCGUCAGAUGGGAACCGAUAUUGAGAUCAAGGUGAAGGUUUUGCCAAAAGAGGAAGCUCGGAAGAUGUUUUAUGCAAAUGUGGGAGAUGUCGUGAGGCGUCCCGCCAUCAAACAGCAUGCUGAAAGCAUUGUCACAGAGUGCGAUGGCUUGCCACUUGCGCUAAAGGUCGUAAGUGGUGUGCUACGGAAGGAGGAAGAUGUGAACGUUUGGGAGAAUUUCUUAAGGGAAUUAAGGUCCCCUGCUACGUCUUUCAUUAAAGACUUGAAUGAAAAGGUGUUCAAUAUACUAAAGGUUAGCUAUGACCACUUAGAAGAUACUCAAAAAAAGCAAUGUCUUUUGUUUUGUGGAUUGUAUCCAGAAGACUCCGAGAUUAAGAAGUCUAAAUUGAUAGGAUAUUGGAGAGCCGAGGGGAUUCUUUCUAGGGAACUUACUUUGCAUGAGGCACAUGUUAAGGGACAUGCAAUGUUGCGAGCUCUCAUAGAUUCGUCUUUGUUGGAAAAUUGCAAUGAAGAUGAAUGUGUGAAGAUGCACGAUGUUGUUAGAGACUUGGUUUUAGCAAUGACUUCCCCAAAAGGAGGAGAACCCCAACAUCUAGUGAGAGCCGGAAUUUCUUCAGAGAAGAUUCCAAAUGCGGUGGAAUGGGAAAAGGCAACAAGAAUAUCGUUUAUCAAUCAUGACUUGCGCAAUUUACCGGAAUCACCAAACUGUCCGGCGCUCGUGACAUUGUUGCUUCAAGGAAAUGGCUAUUUAGGGGUGAUACCAAAAACUUUUUUUAACAACAUGCCUAACCUCAAAGUUUUGGAUCUGUCACGCACCGGCAUCAAAUCAUUGCCAACUUCAAUAGCUAAAUUGGAAAGUCUUCGAGAACUUGUCCUUCCAAAUUGCCGCUCUUUGAAAGCUCUCCCUGCUGGAGUGAUAUGCAGACUGUCUCAGAUUGAAGUAUUUACCCUUGAAAGUAGUAGUUCAGGUACAAGUUGGCUGAGUGAUGAAAGUACAGAGAUUGUUGCGAAAGAACUAAGCGAGUGGAGCUCACUUUCUUCCCUUGAAUUUGACUUCCGGAGAGUAGGUAAUCUGCAGCACUUUCUUGAAAAUAGCAGAUCAUGGAAAGAGGGAAGAUUGAUGCAAUUCUGGUUCUUUGUUGGCAAGUGUGGGCCCUUAAUCAAUCCAUUUAUGUUAACAGCAUUAAAGGAGUAUAAUAUGUGUCUAUUUUAUGAAGGAGGAGGAGAAAGGGAUAGCGGUCUUCCCUCAGCCAUACAGGAUGUACUUAGGCGUUCAAAUUGUUUUGGAUUGAGGGGUCAUAAAAAACUUAAUACUCUUUUAGAAGUGGGUGCACACAACACGUAUGAGUUGAAAUAUUGCGUGAUUCAAGGAUGUGUCGUGCUUAAAAAAAUCGUCGACAGAAAUGGGCUAGAAAUGGGUGCCUUUCCAAAUUUAGAAGUUUUACGUUUGGUUGACCUGCCGAAAUUAAAGACAAUUCUUUGUUUGGAGAUGGAGGAGGGAGCAUUACUACCACCACUGCCACCAAAUGCAAACAUCUUUACCAACCUAACAGAUUUGAACCUAGUGAAAUGCCCAUUAAUUAAGCAGGUCUUCUCAAGUGGAUUCAUGGUUCAGCAACUAUCCAACUUGGAAGAAUUGUGGGUAAGAAAUUGUGGAGGUUUGAAGGGGAUGAUUCCAGAGGAUGAAAUUGUCGAACACGAGGCUCUGCCCAAACUGAGGAGAUUGUGGCUCGAGGACUUAUCCGAAUUUGUCAGCUUUUUCAAAGGUGUUCCCAUGCGUUGGCAAUCACUGGAGGAGGUGAGGAUAAGAAAUUGUCCGAAGCUGAGAAAACUCCCCUUCGACGCUAAUAGCGCUCCUAAUUUGAAGAGAAUUGAGGUCACUAGUACUUAUCAGGAGUGGUGGGAUGCAUUAGAGUGGACAACGAUGCUACCAGAUUACAAUUUCAGCCUUUUAUCAAAAGGUGGGAUAUAUAAUAUAAUAUAAUAUGAUGAGGCAUCAACCCAAAUUGGCGUGGGUAAGAGUUUGUCCUUCCUGAUGUGUGUUAUUAUAAGCUUUUAAUUAAUUGGUUGGGGUGGGGGUAUUCUGAUGGAUGUUGGGAGGCUAAAUUCCGGUUGGCCUAAUAAGUCGAUGGUUUAUUUUUUGUUUUUAUUCAAAUUUUUUUUGCAUUUGUUGAUUUUUCGUGAA